GGCCACAAUCCGGGCAAUCCGGGACACAACCCGGGCAAUCCAGGACACAAUUCAGGUAACCCGGGACACAACCCGGGUAAUCCGGGAAACAACCCGGGCAAUCCGGGAAACAAUCCAGGCAAUCCGGGCCACAAUCCCGGUAACCCGGGCCAUCCGAGUCCCGCUCAACAAGGUCAGAAUCCCGCCGGCCAGCCGACGCAAAAUCCCGGUCAUCCGACUAGUCCAGGACGAGAGGCUCAACACCCACAUCCGAACGUGAGUCGUCAACCAAGUCAGAAUCCAACUCAUCCGGCGCAGAACGGCAGGGAACAGGCUCAACCGACGAGUCAGCAGCAACCGCAACAACAACAACAACAACAACAACAACAACAGGCGCAGCAGCAACAGCAACCACAACCGCAACAUCUGGAACGAAGCGCCAGUACCAUGGGGACGGUAUUGUCGUUUAGUCCGCGGGACCGUCGCGGUUCUGUUUAUCCGCCAACGGGACAUCAACAUCCCGCUGAUUUUACGUUGAACAACUUUAAUUACGAACAAUUGAACAAUGCGAAAAAUCGCGAGAACAAGAGCAGCGUUGCCACUGUGGCGCCGGCGCCACCCACGAAUCAUCCGCCAACCAACAACAACUCGCUACAAAACAAUAAUAUUAAUCUGAACAACAACGAUAAUGCAAGAAUUAUCUCGGAAAAGAACGCCCUGGAGAAGAAUCUGAAAAAGCACUCGCUGUUCAUAAACGCUCUGUCGUGGAAGCGGUUCAGCACGACCAACAACAAUAAGAAGAAGCUCGACAACAAGAACAAGAACAUUGCCUUCAGGCAACCGCUCGAUAAUAUACCUAUCGUUGAUAAAAAUAAGAAUAUACAAACGCCACAGACAAAAGCACCGGCGUCGAACAACAAUCAUACUACGCACAAUCCAACGUGUGAGAAGUUGGUGCAGAAACCCCUGCCCCCUGGACCAAGGAAAACUGUGAUCCAGGCCUCCACCUCAGAAUUGCUCAAGUGCCUCGGCGUCUUCCUGCACAAGAAAUGCACCCGCUUAAGGGACUUCCAGGCCGGCGACGCUGUCAUGUGGCUCAGAACUGUUGACAGAAAUCUUUUGCUUCAAGGCUGGCAGGAUGUGCCCUUUAUAAACCCUGCCAAUGUAGUUUUCGUGUAUAUGCUGGUGAAAGAACUCGUCGAUGGAGACGAGGCGUCCGAGAAAGAGCUCCAGGCGACAGUACUGACGUGUCUUUACCUGAGCUAUAGUUACAUGGGUAAUGAGAUCAGUUACCCGUUGAAGCCGUUCCUCGUCGAGGACAGCAAGGACAAGUUCUGGGAUCGAUGUCUCCUGAUCGUCAAUCGACUUAGCUCCGAGAUGCUGCGAAUCAACAGCGAGCCCGGAUUCUUCACAGAGAUCUUCAGCGAACUGAAGGCCUGCGGUUCCACUGAACGCGGAAGUCUGUCUGGCAGCGGCCUCGAACGGAGCCUCGUCGUCUCCGGAGUCGCGGUACCCACCAAGGCAGCUUGACGGAGCUACACACACCUGC